CACACCAGAAAUAAUAAAACUAGGUAGAGGUUCGCCUGUUUUACAAAACACUCUCUUUGGUUGGGUUAUUGCGGGCAAUUUAUCUGAGGAGUUUAUUGGGCAUAUAAGUGCAAAUAGUUCUGAUAAAGUUUCUUUGACGGCAACUGUAGGGGAUGUUAAUAAAAUAAUGGAAAGAUUUUGGGAAGUCGAAGAUGUUAGUUGUAGUAAUAAAAUUAGGAAUUGUGAGGAAGAACUGGCGGAAAAUAUUUUUAACAAGACAACAAAGAUUUUAGAGGACGGGUCAUUUCAGGUAACUAUGUUACUUAAAACAAGCAAUGAACAUGUAAAAUUGGGUGAUUCCUAUACGUUAGCAAAAAAGAGAUUUUUUAAUUUGGAAAAAAGGUUCUUAAGGGAUAAUGAUUUAUUUUUAAAUUAUAAGCAGUUUAUUGAUGAAUAUGUAUCAUUGGGUCACGCAAAAUAUGUACCACUCACAUUUAAAACUUCUCUUGGUUUUAAUAAGUAUUUUCUUCCACAUCAUUGUGUCAUUAAGGAAUCAAGCAUGACCACAAAACUAAGAGUGGUUUUUGAUGCUUCUAUGAAGUCAUCAACGGGUUACUCUCUGAAUGACGUGACGUUAAAGGGGUAUAGGGUUCAACCAGAAUUAGUGGAUAUUUUGUGUAGGUUUCGGUCGUUUAAAUAUGUAAUAAUUGCGGACAUUGAAAAGAUGUACCGCCAAAUUAAAGUAGAACCAUCACAGACCUUUUUGCAAAAUAUUCUAUGGAGAGACGGACCUAAUCAAAGUUUGCAAUGUAUAGAGUUACAAACAGUAACCUACGGAACAAAGGCUGCGCCGUUUUUAGCUACAAGGGUAUUAUCUGAAUUAGGUAAUAAAAAUUUAGACAAUUUUCCACUAGCGGCAAAUACUAUUCUUAAUCAAUGUUAUGUAGAUGAUAUAUUAAGCGGUGCAAUGGACUUGGAUACGUUAUUCGAUUUACGUAAUCAACUUAUUAAGUUAUUAGGGCUAGGAAAUUUUAAAUUACAUAAAUGGGGAUCGAAUUCAAAGGAGUUUUUAGCUAGCUUUCGUGUUUCAAAUAUUGAUUAUGCAAUUAAACCAGACGAGGUGUCAAAUAAGGUUCUAGGAAUUUCUUGGAGCUCAAUGUCCGACGAAUUUUCGAUUUCUACGCCACAAAAAAUUAAUUCUAGCGUCACUAAAAGGAAUGUGCUAUCAGUGAUUGCGCAGAUAUACGAUCCAUUGGGAUUGGUGGCUCCGGUAGUUGUAGUUGCAAAAUUGAUUAUGCAGCAAAUGUGGCUGUUGAAAUUAGAUUGGGACGACGUUUUAAGUGAAGAGUUAAGGGUGGAAUGGGAUAAAUUUCUUAAAAAUAUUUUGGAACUGUCUGAUUUAAAAAUAUCAAGGUGGUUGUUUUCGGAUAAAAACGCAAUCUCGAUUGAAAUACAUGGGUUUGCUGAUUCAAGUUUAAGAGCCUUUGGGGCAUGUAUAUAUUUAAGGGUAAUUUAUGAGGAUCACACGGUAUCCUGUAAACUUAUUUGUUCUAAAUCUAGGGUGGCGCCGUUAAAAUCUAUUACAAUUCCUAAAUUGGAACUAAGCGCGUGUUUGUUAUUAUCUAAGUUAGCAGCUAAGGUAGUUGAAACUUAUAACAAUACUUUUAAGAUAGCUAGCGUUAAUUUGUGGACCGAUUCUCAAAUUGCUUUGUGUUGGCUAAAGUCGCAUCCUUCGAGAUGGAAUAUAUUUGUAGCAAACAGGGUGGCUCAAAUUCAGGAUUUAACGGCUUCUUUUAAAUGGUGGUAUAUACGGUCAAAAGAUAAUCCAGCUGAUUGUCUUUCACGGGGGGUUGACUCUAAGGAUCUAAAUGAAAAUUCGCUGUGGUGGGAAGGUCCCACCGUGUUAAAAAAUAUUGACUUUACGUUUGAUACUUUUAAGAUUAAUACCACUUUACAGGAGAUCCCUGAACAAAGAAAGACAGUUUUAGUGAUUAAAACAGAUGUAGAUUUUGAUAAUUUUUUCAAAAAAUUUUCGUGUUUUACAAAAUUAAAAAGGGUUUUAGCUUACUGUUUACGUUUUCUUAAUAAUAUUAGGACUGGAAAUACUAAAUAUAAGGGUUGCUUAACGGUGUACGAAUUAGAUAAAGCUCAAUUAGUAAUAGUUAAAUAUCUACAAAAGCAACAUUUUUCUGACGAAAUUGCACAGAUCCAAAAUAAUAAAUCCAUAAAAAACAGGGCUAUUUUGUCACUUAAUCCAUUUGUGGAUGAGUCAGGUAUAUUGCGGGUAGGAGGCAGAUUACACAACGCAAAUGUUAGUUAUUCACAGAAGCAUCCGAUAUUAUUACCAUCAAAAAAUUAUGUUGUGUCUCUUCUGAUGAGACACGAACAUUUAAAACUUUACCACAGCGGUGCUCAAACAGUUUUAUCUAACAUAAGGUUAAAAUAUUGGCCUCUCAAUGGAUUACGCGAAAUUAAAAGGAUUAUUAGGAAUUGCGUUACAUGUGUUAGGUUUAGAUUACAGUCGUCACAACAAAUAAUGGCAAAUUUGCCUAAGGACAGGCUAUUGGCUACUCGAGCGUUUCAAAUUGUGGGAAUUGAUUUUGGGGGACCAUUUUUCAUUAAAAAUUCAAGAAUAAGGAGGGCAUCAUGUGCAAAGGCGUAUAUUGUAGUUUUUAUCUGUAUGGUUACUAAAUGUGUUCAUCUAGAGUUAGUGACAAGUUUAUCGUGUGAAGCAUUUUUGUUAACCUUUAAGCGGUUUAUCUCACGAAGGGGUAAUCCAACCACAAUUUAUAGCGACAACGCCACUAAUUUUCUAGGCGCGAGAAAUCAUUUACGCGAAUUAUAUAUAUUUUUUAAAAAUAGGGAAAAUGAAAAUAAAAUUGUAGAUUUUUUCGCAAAUAAAGGCAUACAAUGGAAAUUCAUUCCACCUCGCUCUCGUAUCGGGUUUGUAAAUCAAGAAGUAUAA